UGAGAGGCUACUUUCAUUUGCGUUUGCGAGGGAGAGAGAGAGAGAGAGAGAGAGAGAGAGAGAGAGAUGGCGCGAGCUCUGUUUCACUGGAAGAGCACAAGCUUGAUGGCCUGCGUUAAAGAGACCACCCAUGAUAAUAGUAGAGUUGAACUUCCCGAUAAGACCCGGAACUCGAGGGUCCUGGUACUAGGUGGAACGGGUCGGGUUGGCGGGUCCACCGCCAUUGCUCUCUCCAAGCUCUGCCCUGACCUUCGACUUGUUAUUGGUGGUCGGAAUAGGGAAAAAGGUACUGCAAUGGUGGCUAAAUUGGGGAAGAAUUCAGAUUUUGUUGAAGUCAAUAUUGACAAAGUAGAAUCAUUGGAAGCUGCUUUAAGUGAUGUGGAUCUUGUGGUUCAUGCUGCAGGACCUUUUCAACAGGCAGAGAAAUGCAGUGUUCUUGAAGCUGCCAUAGAGACCAAGACCGCAUAUGUUGAUGUUUGUGAUGAUACAAGCUAUGCACUACGUGCAAAAUCGUUCAAGGAAAGAGCUUUAGCUGCUAACGUUCCUGCCAUAACAUCUGGUGGAAUCUAUCCUGGAGUAAGCAAUGUGAUGGCAGCAGAGCUAGUUCGUGUUGCUAGAACAGAAAGCAAAGGGAAGCCAGAGAGGCUGAGGUUCCAUUACUACACAGCGGGAACUGGUGGUGCUGGUCCAACCAUAUUAGCUACUAGUUUCUUGCUUCUUGGCGAGGAGGUUGUUGCAUAUAGUAAAGGAGAAAAGGUCAAACUGAAGCCAUAUAGUGGAAUGCUCAACAUUGACUUUGGAAAAGGGAUUGGAAAAAGAGAUGUUUAUCUGUUGUAAGUUCUCUUUGAAAGAAAUUCCUCAAAGAGCAGUAAAAACUUUCAUUUCUUUGUUUGGAGUUAUCUAUUCAUGAAGGUAAUCAUAUCCGCACUAAUCACAGUGCUUAAGCAUCCUAUACUGUUAAACCAAUUCUGAUUAUAAUAUCAAUGUGGUUGUAUUAAAUACUCAUGUA